GGGGCGCUUGCGCGUCCAGGCCAGCGGGUCGCCAGUCGCGAAUCGCCAUCGGGGGCUGCUGCUGAAUUAAGCCAAAUAUAUUAUAUAGCGCGCUGAUCUCGUGCGUGCACUCAGCAGUAGUAGUACAUAGGAUCGAGCCCGCGACGGGCCAUGGUCAAGCUCGGCGAGCUUUAAUCCGACACGAUCGCAGUCGCAGUGCUGCUGCUCGCCAAGCGCGUCCAGCAUGAGUCUCGAGGCGAGCAGGCUACUCUUUGUCCUCGUUCAGCUGCUGCUGCUGCUAGCUGGGCUCGCGUCGGCCCAAGAGAUCAACUUGGACAUGGACAGCGGCAUCGGCUCCAGUGGCGGCGGUAACGGUGGUGCCAGUGCGAACAGCAAGGAGCUGCAGGCCUGCGUCGAGGCGUUCGUCGUGCACCGCGACAAGAUCAUCAGGACGCAGGACUCGCGAGACAUGGGCGCCAAGUACCUCACCGAGUUCGACGUGCAGUCGCGCUUCGAGUGCAUGCGCUGGUGCUGCGAGACCGAGCACUGCGACGUCUUCAUCUUCGAGGAGAAGAGACCGGGAAGCUGCUACCUGUUCCAUUGCGGACCACCGCACGAUUUCAAGUGCAAGUUCACCGGCCACGCCAACUACAGCAGCGCCGUCCUGACCAACAGCAACUUGCAGAGCGACGCCCAGCUCGAGGAGCAGAUCAGGCACACUCAGCAGGAGCACGAGCUCAAGUCCUUGAGAAAACUCGAGAGUCCUCCGAGGCAGUACGGUGGUGGCUACGCACCGCUCGAGCCACCGGUCACGCCCUCGGCCACGCUUGCCACGACCCCGAGGACGACGUCGACGUCCACGACGAGCCUCGCACCGCUCAAAACGCCGAGCUGCAACAGAAAUCAGUUCGAGUGCCGCUCCAACGACGACUGCAUAGCCAUUUACAACGUCUGCGACGGCAUACCCCAGUGUCCCGACGCCUCGGACGAGGCCGCCGAGCUCGGCUGUCCGGCCGAUCGCACGACUCUGCUCCCGGCCCAGCAGCAGCAGCGAGUCGCCACGCCGAAACCCUACGACGCUCCACUGCCGCCUCUGCUGCCCGAUAUGAUUAGGUAUCAGCAGAUGAUGCAACAACAGCAGCAGCAGCAGCAACAACAACAACAGCAACAGCAUGGGCAGCAAUACCCAAUGGCCUAUCCAGCGAACCACGCCAAUGCCAAGGCGGCCCUCGAAGCCUGGCAAAUGUCCCCUGUCAACGCCAAUCGGCCCGACGUCAAUUACAACAAUAAUUUGCGUCCAGUUGUUGCGGAUCCCAUGCAGUCGCAACAGCAGCAGCAGCAGCAAAUGCUCCCGCACUACAAACAAAUGAGCUAUCCUUGGAACGGAGCCGCUUACGGUGGACCCGCCUAUUACGAUCCAAAUCAAUCGGCGGCCAUCGGGCGUAAAAUCAUCAACGGUAACGAACCUUACGAGCCUAACGAUGGGGAGAUGCAUGAUUAUCCGCCUUCCGGUUUUCAACAAGAGCAACGGCCUCACAUAUUCAACCACAAAGAUCCAGAAACGCGUCUUGAUGAAUUAGAAUCACCGAGUGGCAUUUACAAUCAAGAUCCAAACAGGAUAUACGCCCCUUAUUAUCCCGGGGUGAUGAAUCGUCCUCAAGGAAACUGGCAGGACGUUAAUCAAGGAGGCGCGAUAGCUCCUCCAGCGACAACUGGGCCAAGGCUGCAACAAGUAGCCUUGGAACAUCAAACUUCCCAAGAAGCAAAGCCGCAUCAACAGCAGCAGUUGCCGGCCACGUCGUCGACACCCGAGCCCUGCAAUUCUGCUGAGAAUAAAGAUGACAAUACAUUGAAAGGCCAAAAUACCAGUGAAAAUAAAUUGACCCGUUUAGAAACACAAAAUGUAACAAAGACUUCUGCCGCGGAUAUGAACAAUGCGCCGAAGAAAAACAGCGAGGUCAACAAACUGUUAUCUGAGAAAGCGACCAAGACGGACAUUCACAAAGCUCACGAGGCGGAACUGCGCACCAUGGCGGGCGCCCACGAUCAGGAGCGCAAAAGCCUGGUCAUGGCCGAGCACAUCAGGCGUCACGGGGCCAAGCUCGACGAGAUGGAGAUGUCGCGGCCGAAGGGAGCGGUCAUCUCGCUGGCGCUGGGCCUCACCGUGACGGCCUUCAUGGCCGUGCUGAUCGCCUGCAGACUGCGGGUCGUCAAGCGCCGAGGUCGCGGACGGGGCGGUGAAUUCUCUCACGACGCCGACUAUCUCGUCAAUGGCAUGUACUUGUAAAAGCAGUCAGCCUCGAUUAUCUGGAGACAAGUGCUUGAUUAUAAUUUAGGACACAUGGAUCGCUAAAUAAUGACAUUUUUCUAUGUAAAUAGAACACGAAACGUUUACAUGUAUCUACAUACACGUUAUUAUAAUACAUUUUAUCAUUUCGCAUCACACUCACGUGUGUCGAUUUUUCUAAAAGCGCUUCGUGCGUAAGUUAAUGACUAUGACGAUCUCAAGUUUAACAUCUUUAUGAUUUUAUUUUUUGCCUUCAUUAUAAAAUCAACUUCAUUAUAUUCCAAAGUGCCAUAGGUCUAAUUAAAAUGUAAAAAAUAAUUAACUUAUAGUUACUCUGUGAAAAUUUCUAUACAAGUAUCGAGUCCUGAAUGUGCAUAAGUAACAAGAUUUCACUUCAACGAUGACUAUACAUUUCGUAUUUUAAUUAGAGACGAAUAAAGAGUUUAGUUUUUAUAUCUAAUUAACAUGUUGUUGUCCUUUGUCGUCGUAAAUAAUAAAUGUGAUUUAUUUUAGGAGAAAAGGAAAAUAUAUUAA